GCAAUGCAAAUGCUAAAUGCGAACAGAAAAAAACAACGGAAGCUUGAAGAUUGAACUUUGACAUUUGGCUUAGAAAAUUUGUUGAUAUACAAAAUGCGCUUGCAACAUCGUUAUGCCACAACAAAUGCCACAACUACCAAUCCGAAUACCAACAAUAAUAACUCUUCGACCAGUAACAUCAACAUUAAGCGAGCCAAGAAACUGAGUGGCAAUAAUAAUAGCAUCAAAUUACGUUCUGGAAAUCAAAAAUCUAACAAAAUGCCACCACAAAUGCCAAUGGACAAGGAUUCAGAGGUACUGGAGGAGCAGCAUCCCAAGGAGAUUGUUGAUGAAGUUGAGGAGGAGACCACGACCACCACCACCUCGGUGGAGCUCCGCUCUUCGACCAGUUCGCACAUCCGUGCCUAUGCCACCAUCAGGAGCAACUCGACAUCGGCGAUCCUGGCUCAGGCGGGUCUUCCGCCCCCGCUCACCCACGCCGGAAUGUUAUAUGCCCGCCCUCGCACCCUCAACGUUCACAAUGUCUGCCAGACGCCCGCACAGAUAACGCAACUAUUUUUUGGAGAAGUGCUGAAUGCAUGGCGUGGAAAGGCCCGGUGCAAUGUAGUACCCGACGAGCGGACCCAGGAGCUCUUUCACGAGCUAAGCUUCCAUCCUAGCCAAAAGCAGAUUAGUGAAAUGCUGCAAACGGCCAAGAAGGUGGCCCGCAAGGGUGGCAGUGGACAGGCGAAUGGCUUGACCUUUGGCCAGUUUUGUGUUCUAGCUGCGGAUCUUAAGCGUUUUAGAGCUUCAACAAUUUCGAAUCAGCCGUCUUAUUGCGACUACCAGACACUGCUACCGGAACAAGAUGAUCCUGCCAGCCCCUCCACCUCCACCCAGCAACAUCUGCAAUCGCCAGCUGCCGCCACAUCGUCAUCGCCUGGUUACAGCAACAAGAAAUCGGAUAAUCAUGGCACCGAGCUGCGGAGCACCAAGUCCUUCAGCAGCGUGGAUGACACCAAAAAGAAGAAGAAUGCCAGCAAUGAGCCCGUGGAGGUAUUCCUUGGGGGCUCCUGUAAUCCAACCACCUGGCGAGCCGACGUUGCCAUACCAGCCCUCAAGGAAUUGGGCAUUUCGUUCUACAAUCCUCAAGUAUCCGAUUGGACGCCCGAUCUUAUAGAGCUGGAGCAUCGAGCUAAGGAAAAGGCCCGUGUAUUAUUCUUUGUUAUGGAUUCGGAAACACGCGCAUCUGCUGGUGCCAUCGAGGCGGCACACAUAGCGGGUCAAAACUGCAAGCAGCUGGUGUUGGUUUUGCAUCCGUAUAAACCAAAUCAGAAGAUCCUUAAUGAGCCUAUUUCACAGCAAGAAUACCUCGAUCUAAAUCGGAAUCAAUUGAUACUUAAGGAGCUGGUCUCCCGUCGCGGCCUGCCUGUAUUGGAUAAUAUACCCUUGGGCUUGCAUCGCACCAAGGAAAUUCUCUCUGGCAUCCGAGAUCCACCGUCCAAAAUAUCUUCUAUAUUAGAUACCGUUCGCGGCGCCUUCGAUCGCGUGAAUCCGCAAAGCGAUCUGCUCACUGUGGAACAGUGCAAACGUGCUCUCUUAUUCCUAGGCUAUGCUCAGAGUUUAGUUAAUUUAGACAAUCUAACUAAGAUCAUAAUCAAUCAACGCGAAUCGCUGAAAUUGCUCCAAACGCACAGUCCUAGAGCUGGCGUUGAAAAUCUGGAUGGAAUGGUAGCUGAGGGCAGCAACUGCAUCCAGCCCACUUUGCCCAACCAGGAGCUCAUCGACUUUGAUCUGUUCUGUGUGAUCUCGGCCUACCUGUCCGUCCUGCAGCAGGAGAUCCACGAGAGCGGCUGUAUUUCACCCAUUAAGGGUACUAAUGUGCCGCCUCCGCAGGUUUACUUUACAAAUGCUCCCGAUGUGGACAUCUAUUAUUCGGCCAGCAAGAAUAUUUCACGCACUUCAAGCAACGCCAGCGUUCCGUCCAACAGCAGCAGUGGUAUUGGUCAUGAUCUGGAGCGACAGAACUUGUUCGAGCAGCUCAGCCGCAGCCGGGAUAGCGGCACCUCGUCGCCCCAGCCCACGGGGCCAUCGAGCAGCUUAGGUAAAAGCCCCAGACCACAGAUUCUCCUCAAUGUGGAGUCGAUUGAAACAACCGAAAUAAUCACGACCAAAACAAUAGAAACCAAGGCCAAUGCUGUGACGGCUGCCCAAUUAGUUUCUGCGCCCGCCGAGGAAGAGGAAAGCGACUCCAACGAUUCGGUAUUCUCCAGCAGCAGCUCGAUAGCCAGUGCCGGCGAUGCCCUCUGUUGCGGUGGUGGUCUAGAUCUCCGAGAUGUCUAUCUGGGCGGAAGUUGUGUCCUUCGCACCAAGUGGCGUACUGAGCUGGCUGUUCCUUAUCUGCAGUCGAAGAAUGUUAGUUUCCACACCCCAGCACUGCACGAAAGCAUUCAGCAGAUGCAGCAGAACCAGGAUCAAAGCCAGGAGCAGGCAACUGUCGCCCAGCAACAACAGACGCCCAACGAGCAACAGCAAACGCAGAGAUCGUUUGUACGUACGCGCAGAAAGUGCAGGGGCAACCAGCUGCAGUUGGAGGAGCAGGAGGAGCUAACCGUCGCAGAGGAGUCGCUUAGCUGGUCCCUGCCACCGGUGGCCGUACGCCAGAGCCUGUACAACCCAUCGCUGCUGGACUCUAGCCGAGUGCUGCUCUUCGUCAUCACGAAUGAGACACGUUCGCUGGCUCCCAUGACACUGGCCGCCCACUGCAUAGGCCUCAUGUACAACGUUGUGCUGGCGGUGCAGAUGCUGCCCGAUGACUGCGUCCUGGGUGGCGAGAAGCUGACAGUGGCGGCCAUCAAGGACUACAAUCGCGGACGGUCGUACCUGAUUGACCUGGCCAAGCGCCAAGGCGUGCCUGUGUUCACGGAUGUUCGGGCGGCCCUCGAGUGCACCGUGGCCAAGGUGCAGGCCUAUAACAACCGGGAUCGCUGCUAAUUCGUACCUGUAUUCAAGUUCCAGCACAUGACAAUUUAAGCUUAUGUCUAAUCUAAGGCCUAGUGCAAUUUACGUUCUACUUUCCCCUACCCAAAACUUAAAACUAACUUAAACGGUGUCUAAUCGUAUUCGGAGUACACUCUUUUACCUAGUUAAAGCUAUACGUAAUAUAUGAUAUAUAAAUAAAACAAAAACCAAGUGUAAAACCACUAAAAUGUCGUCGCCCAGAAAGCGCAUUUCAUAAACUAAUGGAGAAAGUGACAGAAAGUGACGAAGCUCCCCUCUCUCUAUAUUGCUAUAACGCUAUAUAUGCUGUAUGCUUUAUGCUAAUUUAUUAUUUAUUUAACACACAAUCAUGUGGUACAUGUGCUAAAUUAACUGUAAAUAUUCAAACAUGUACAAUUUUAAAAUAUAUUUAUAUAUAUUUUAUAAUCGUAGUGAGCAUUCACAUACAAUUAAUUCAUAACUAUGUAAAAGCAACAAUUAUAUAUACAUAUAUGUAUACCCAUAGUGACCCACUAUACCAGUUAGACGGCAAAAAAAAUAUCUCAAUAAACCAAUUUUUCUAACAUA